GACAGUAUACACAUGUGGAGAGUGGAGACGAGCGUCGCUUGAGUGAAAUUACCGCUUUAACGUUAGGCGUAUUGAAGUGUAGGCUAUAAUAGAAAAUCUGCAAACUCACUUGUAUACAGAUUAAUCGCAGUAAAUGGCGGAGUGUGUGAAUGACAGUGAUACCGAGAGACCAAUCAGUUACGGGGAUUAUAUAGUGCUUAGAAGAGGAGAUGUCUUCAAAUCCGUGCAGAUCGAGCAGAAAAAGAAAGUUAUAUUUGAGAAGCAGUGGUUCUUCUUGGACAAUGCAGUUGGACAGCUGUACGGGACGAUGUUUGAAAUCGAAGCCGGUGGUUCACUCAAACUCAAGGCUGCGAAACGCACAGGGAACUCUGUGGGUAAUGAGGAGUCUAAGGAAGCAGGCCAGGAUAACAGGCACAUAGUGGACGAUGGAAGAUCUCAAAAACUGACCAGAGACGAUAUUGAAACACUGAAAGAGCAGGGGUUAAAGGGACAGGAGAUUGUUCAGCAGCUUAUAGACAACAGUACAACAUUCAAGGACAAAACUGAAUUUGCACAAGAGAAAUACAUCAAGAAGAAAAAGAAAAAGUACGAAAGUGACGUAACAGUCCUAAAACCCUCCACUCGACUCCUCGCCAUGAUGUACCACGGCAGAGAACCAGGAAAAAUAUGUCAUCUGCGCUAUGACACCCUAGCUCAAAUGCUAACUCUGGGUAACAUCCACGCUGGCAGUAAGAUCAUUGUUUUUGAGACCUGUGCUGGACUUGUACUGGGCUCUGUAAUGGAGAGAAUGGGAGGUUAUGGUUCAGUGAUCCAGAUGUAUCCUGGUGGUGGGCCAACAAGAGCCGGUAUGGAAAGUUUUGGCUUUCCAUCACACUUCCAUGAUACACUACAUGAGUUCCCCAUGUGUAAAGUUAACGCUCUUCUGGCGGGAACCCUUGAAUUAUCAGAGAAGGACGUGGACUCUCAGGCCAGUGGGAACGGGCAGUCUGACUCCUCUCAGGAGACCUUAGGUGUGUUAGAGGAGAAGAGUUCAAAACCUCAAAGCAUGGAGGUCAGCACUGACCCAGAAGAGGAAACGAAGAGAGCAGAGAGAGAGAGACUGCGAGAACAGAGGGCACAAGAGAAGAAAGUGAAGAUGGAGGAGAAGAGGAAGAAACUAGCAUCAGCUGCAGCUCAGCUGGAGGGACGAAAUGCAGAUGGGUUGGUGAUUGCUAGUCGAUUUCACCCCUGUCCUGUGUUACUGGGUAUGCUGAAGUUUGUAGCACCAUCACGACCGUUUGUUGUGUACUCCCAGUACAGAGAGCCUCUGAUUGAGUGCUACACCAAGCUCAGGGAACAAGGAGGAGCAAUCAGUCUUAGACUGACGGAUUCAUGGCUCAGGCAUUACCAGGUGUUGCCCAAUAGGACUCAUCCAAUGUUACUCAUGAGUGGAGGUGGAGGUUAUCUCCUCUCGGGGAUGACGGUUGCCGCAGGCACUUCCAAAUCUAAGAAUCAGCAGAAAUCCGAGGAGCCAGCCGCCAAGAGACAGAAACUGGAUGAGAUUAGCCCAUCAUUUGGCAGCGCGACCUAGGCAAUCAGUUCAGUUUAAUUUAUUUAAGUUAGAAGAAACUAAAUCAGUGUGGACUCGCACAUUCAGGCAGUGCUUUAUUUUCUGUAUGAGUUGCAAGACUUUAUUAUUCAUUGUCUCUUAUCCAGUAUGUUUUCUUUUUUACUUUUUGCAUAGACUUGUAUCAUUACUACAUAAAAUGACUGUAUAAAUUGUUUCCAUUUUGUUUAUUUAUUUAUUUUAGCAAAAUGUGCAAGAAAGGAAAGAUGCUUUUAAGUUUUUAACAUCCUCUUGGCAAAUUGUCAGGUUUUGCUCACAAAUUAAUCAUUGCAUCAGUAAACAAUAUAUUAAUUUGUGUUUUUGCAGGCUUACAGCAUCAAAACACAAGUGCAUUUAUCAACUUUGGUCCCAUAAUAACACAUUUUAUUUGAUUGAAUACAAACAAUCAGGAAUGCAAUGAAUCUAUUAAAGAACAUUAAACGACAGCUAUUUUUAAACACAUUAACUUUCACGGGUAUCGAGUAGCAUGCUCUUAAAUGCGUCAUUUCAAAUCUGCAGGUAAUAGUAAACAGGCAUUUUUUUCUUUUUCUGUGUUCUUGUAGUUAUUUAAUAAAGAGAGAAAUAACAUGAAUGCUGUUGUCAAGCAUAAAGAUUCCAGAGUUUUGCCUUUUGUAGAUGCUUUUCUUGUUUCUUAGAUGCUCACAUUAAACAUACACUGACUUACAACAAAAUUCGCAAUACAAGUGUAUAAGAGUAAGAUAUAAUAAUAACGCAUUCAACUUAAGCCCAAAUCAGCACACAUAAAGCUAAUGCAAAGUUGAAACAGGCAGCACAGAAGGUGAUGUCCCAGCUCAUUCUUCAACUGGUUAAGCUGUUUUUUUCAUCU